AUGGANAUCGAUCCUAUGCUGCUAGAAGAAGAUCACGAAAUUGAUCCCGCCUUGCUCGAUGAGGGGGACAAUGUCGACUCCUCGCAAUCACAAGAGUACGAGAUUGAUCCUGCGCUACUUGAAGAAGAACAUGAGAUCGAUCCUGCACUGCUUGCAACGGGACAUGAUGGUCUUCAAUCGAACAGUCAUCCUAGGCCAUUACAGACCGACGAGGCCAUGUUCGAAGCCCCCGAGCCCGACGCCUUUUCAGUCGCUGACGAUGAAGAGAAUGGCCGACGGAGCGUUGAAGAAGAGAUUACAGCUGUAGUGGAUGAGUCCAUGGAAGACGAACCUUUGGUCACUCGUACCGAUGACGAAGCCACCGCUCAGGUCAAUGAAGCUCCUCUCAAAUUUGAGGUUCAACAGAGCGUCGAAAUGGGUCCUGAAAUCGUGGAACAGCCCAGAAUAGAAACCAUGCAAAAAGAAGCAUCCCCAGCAUCUGGCCCAGAAAGCGCACUGGAUGUUAAACAUGAGCAGCGUCCGUUGUCGAGCUCCAGCUUCAAGACUCUCAGCCCAACUCCAGAUGUUGUUCAAGCCCAGGCACUGGAGUCUGCUGCUCGUUCUGCAGCUCAGGAUCGUUCACCAAUCGCUUCUCAAGCGUCCGAUCAGUCCAUCGAGGAGCUUGAUCUCUCUCAGGUCGAGCCGUCUUGGACAUCUCGUCUCUCCCAAUUCUCCCAAUCACGAUCGUCACGCGCGCAUACCCGGAGCGAAACCAUCCCAGACAGUGCUGACGAGGAAGUGACUGACCUGGAAACAGAGAACAUCGAUUCUUCUGAUAUGAAUGCAAGCCCAGAACCAGCGACCCAAACUUUGUCAUCACAGGGUGUCCGAGGAGAGACGAUGGUACUGCCAUCACAAGAGCUGGGCACUGCUCUCUCUCAGUUCCAGAAGCAGGCAUCUGGUCCUUCAGCUAUGCAGUCGCAGCUUGCCGCCAUAGAAGAGACACCACCCCCUGAUGACAGAGGCGCUGCGGAGGAGAUGAGAUCGCAAGUUGGUCUCGACGACGAAUUGCUCGCAGACUAUGUACAGGUUGCUCCUGAGCCCGAGGUAGUCCCAACACCUUCAAACCUACAAACAGCGCCUUCAACUCCCACAAGUACGAAGAAGCCGGCAAGACCAUUGACGUUGUUCAGAGGUCGAAAGUCAGCUGGGCCGCGGUUGUCGAUUGAGGGUGAUGAACAGCAGGCUGAAAAAAUGAAGCAACAAGCCCUAGACAGCGAACAACAGGUUGUGCAAGAUGAAGUGAUGCGAGAUGUGUCUUCUCAAGGACCGAAGCCGUCUGAGACGAUCGAGAAAGUGACGGUAGGCACGACUGACAACGACAACCAACCCCAGAAUGAGACCGACGCUGGUCUGAUGUUGACGUCUUCUGAAACUUCUGAAGGUCAGCCGCAAACUGCACAAGGACCGCAAGAGGUUACUGAAACCACGUCCGCUACGGGAGUCCUUGACCCAGAGCCUUCCACCGUAGUCGAAAAACUAGAACAAGCCUCCAGUGACUUCCAGAUCAAGCCAACACUCAAGCCAUUUGCAGAGGUCGAAGCAUCACUUUUCGGAACACCUGUCAAGGACCGAACGACUGCGCCUCAGGAGCCUCAAUCCGCACCAUCCCAAUCCUGGCGUGACGCACUAAGCUCCAAGAUGAGCGAAGUGCCCGUCAUCGGCACCUGGUUCACGCCUCGACGCACCACUGAGAUCCAGAAAGCAGCCACCGAGCACAAAGCCACGACCUCUGGCACUUCAUUUGUGCAAGACACACCAACAAAGGCUGCAGCUGUGUCCUCUCGCGACAGGCAAAAGUCGAUCUCGCCCCCUCCACUACAACGCUACGCAUCCCAAGGUACAUCGACGUCCCUGUCGUACUUUACUCCUCUAGCGGGACUCCAUCAGCAUCUCAACCAGCAAUCUUCUCUUAUUGAUAUUGUUGCUGUCUGCACAGCCGCCACCAGCACAGCGGAACGGGCCAAGUCGGGUCCUAAAGAUUACUACACGACAUUCAAAGUCGUUGACCAACCACUUCACGAGUACAACACCGCCUCACAGGAGACCUCCGAGGGCGAAAGCGUAAAAGACGUCAGAGUCGAGGUCUUUCGUCCCUUUAAACAANNAAGUCUACCAAAAGCUUUACCAGGAGAUGUUGUCUUGCUCCGGGGUUUCGUAGUGAGAUCUCGCAACCACAAGAACUAUCUCUUGUCCACUGCGGCUAGUGGAUGGUGUGUAUGGCGUUACGGUGCGUCCCCUGUGUCCACUCUGGAUUACGAAGAUCAAGAAGAGGAAGAUGAUAGACCUGUAUGGGCUAGAAAGGGCACGAGUCAGAGAAUUGGUGAUGACGGCGUGCGAGAAGAGGUUACUGGCCCGCCAGUCGAAAUCGGAGAAGAGGAGAGGGAGAAUGUUGUGAUGGUCAGGACAUGGUGGGAGGGUGUGCACAAGAAAGGCAAAGAGAAACAAACAGACGACUAUGAUGUUAUCAUGAUUGGUUAG